UAAGAAAUUCCAAAAUUUUCAAUUUCCCGCCAAACCUUGCUGCAAAGCAAUUUGGAGAAGAAAAAGAUUCGUUCCACAUCGUCUUCCAUCUUGCUCCAUCCGAUCUCACGGUCAAAUUCUCUUGCUUCUCUCCUUGAUAGAUUCUGCAGAGGCGGGAAGCUUAAAUUCAUUUUAAAGCUUCUCUCUCUGUUUUAUUUUUCUCUUUAAACAUUUCUAAACCGUUACUUUUAUAUACAAAGACUCGGUGGAUUUCAAAAUUCUAACAAUACAAAUUUAAAUUGUUGUAGUGAUCAGCGUGGAAACUGGGAUCUGUCCUGGUUAGGGUUUGAUUUUCAGCUUGCACGAUUGAUUAAUCUUUUUUAAAUUAUUUUUCAAUUUCUACGAUUUUUUUAUUCCUAGGUUUUAUUGGUUUUUUACUUAUAGUUUGUAGAUUUGAUAUAUGGAAUGUCCCAUUGAAGGAAUGGAAACUGUGGUAGCAACUGUUAGUGGCUACCACGGGUUGGAGCGGUUCAACCUCAUCAAGUUGAUAUCUCAGGCUGGUGCCAGUUAUGUGGGUGCGAUGUCAAGAUCUACUACACAUUUGGUGUGCUGGAAAUUUGAGGGAAGGAAAUAUGAUCUUGCAAAGAAGUUUAAAACAAUUAUAGUUAAUCAUCAGUGGGUGGAAGAUUGCAUAAAGCAAGGGAAGCGUGUUCCAGAGCAACCCUACAUGCUGCGAAGUGGAAAAGAAGUGGAGCCUUUAUUACUGGAUGUCCCAGUUCCUGGUAAGGUUGGAUUCUUGAACAAAAACAGGAAAGGAUUGGCUGACAAAUCGAACAAUUCUCAAGACCAUGAAAGACUACUAAAUGGUGUGGGCUAUGGGGAUUCUGGCCUUGCUACGUGGACUAGUUCUUUUUUGUUGGAUGAGAAUCUUUUUCCUGAGGACAAUAGAAAAAACACCAGUGCAUUUAAAUCAAAGCCAAAACGGGAGCGUAGGUUGAGUGGCAGAUUCUGUUUUGAGGACCCUCCUUUAUCUGGUCUAGUCACAUUGGAGCAUGAAGGGCCUGUGAGAGAGAAAGGGAGGAUUUCGGUGCAUGAAGGGCCAAGUUCUUGUUCUGACAAACAAUUAAUGAGGGGAAAAAGAAAGAUUUUUGAUAAUACUGGAACCACUUCUUUGGCUGAACCUUCUCGAAAUGGACGGAGGCUUGUGAAGAAAAAUGUUAGCAGGGACAACAUUGAGAUUGUGCCUUUGGAUUCUGAUCAAGAGUGCUCUCCAGUCAGACUUCAUGACAUGAGCAGUAAAACUGCAGCUCUAUCUGAAAGUGAAGAUUGUGAAAGGAAUGUUAAUACAUUUGAAACUGGAAAAACAUCUUAUGCUGCCUUGAAUAACAGCAGGGCUUCUUUGCUUGAAUUUUCUGAUGAUAUUGAAGAGAUAAGAGAUCAGAAUGAUCUACCUGCUUCAAAGAAUUCACACUCACAUACUGAGGAGGCACAGACUACUAGUAUAGAAAGAUCAAAUAAUUUCCCUGGCAUUGAGAACUUUGAUGGAAAGGACAAGGAUGUGAGUCAAUCAGAAUCCAUUACUGGAUUACCUACUUCAAUGCAGUUAUCAUGUGUUAUUUGUUGGACAGAAUUUAGUUCAACCAGGGGUGUUUUGCCAUGUGGACAUCGAUUUUGUUAUUCGUGUAUCCAAAAUUGGGCUGAUCAUUUGAUUUCAAGUGGAAAAUUUUCAAGAUGUCCUUUGUGCAAGGCUAGUUUUGUCAGCAUCACUAAAUUUGAGGAUGCGGCCACUUCUGACCAGAAAAUUUACUCUCAAACUAUUCCUUCUGCUUCCUCAAUAACAGAUAUUUUCUUAUUAAAUGAUCAAGAAAGAGACAGAAUUGGUGCUGAGUCUUCAUUAGCAUCAGUUUGUUGUGAAUGCUCUUGCCUGGAACCUGAGGACCUUCUAGUUAAUUGUCAUUGCUGCCAGACUCGACGUAUUCAUAUAUACUGCCUGGACCCUCCUCUAUUGCCGUGGACCUGCAUUCACUGUAAGGAUCUCCAAAGGCUUUAUUAUCAAGCCAGAUAAUAUGGUUUUCAGGAGUACAUUGCUUACAAUGCAAGAAUCUCCGGUUCUUCAUAUCUUAUACAUGUAUUUUAUCUUCAGUAUUGCUCAUGCAGUUCUGAUCUGUACAAAUCACUGAAUAAAUGGUUCCGUUUCUCUUAAUUUUAGUAGUUACUGCUAUUGUUGAAUCUGCUC